UGGCACAAGCUCGGUCGUCAUUUGAUACACGCCAUGGUGAUGAAGACAGACCUGGGCAGAGGAGUGGUCUAGGACAGGAGACAAAGGACGAAAAUGGCCUGUUGUGUGUGCGUGUGUGUUCUUACCUGUCUCAUCCUCGUCGCUAGGACGGAGGGCGCUGCUGUGGGAAACUCAGACCACUGGCCCGCAGGUGUGACAUACACUUGUGUGGACACUGCACGUGAAGGUCGCAAUGUUUUGAUCACAAUCGACCCCGAAGAUCGUCACUAUGACGACGUGGAAAGCUCUCGACGAUGCGGGGAACGUCCUCGGCCUGUGCCCAGAAUGGAGGGUAGAGCGGUCCUCGCGAGGAAUCAACAGUAUCACCAUCCCCGUGAGGGAAGAGACCCUGGACGGCGACUCAUGUGGCGGUCGCAAGACUGGCUUAUCAAGCUUCUCGUGGAUACUUCUCCUGAAAGAUAAAACAGGUGUUUCUGAACAGACGGGACAGGUGAUACACCUCACCUGCGACUUCGACGUCAAGGAGGAACUCGGGACAAACACCAACAUGUCCAGGGGAGCGACUUAACGACUGUGAGUGACUCCGGCGAUUGGGGCCAGGAAGUUCUCGUGGACUCUCCAGAGAUAAUCGCCUUGGAGUUCGUCGAUCCGGUCUCUGGAGAUGUGUUGACUGAAGCCCCUCCCACCUCCGACGUUCGCCUCCGCAUGAGUUUGAUCGUGGGUGAAGAAGAUCUGAUGGAAGUUGUGUCUCCUUUCAACUGUGUGGCUUCGUCCAUCGACGGUCAGUAUGGUGAGCAGCUUACCGACGACAAAGGGUGCGGUGUGGAAUGGUCUCCUAUGAGAAUACUCAACGCAGCGGACAAUUCCUUUGCGGUGUAUUCUGCGCUCAUUCAUCUGCCUUCCUUCCUAAAAGCGAGCGUCUUGCAAGUCUCGUGUGAAUUCUAUCUCUGUCCCCUCCACGGCCCUAGUCCCUGCCUUAGACGCUGCGGGGAUCCCAUUCGCAGAUUGAAGGGUCGUGUCAGGAGAGAGUCUGAAUCACCUAAAAGCAGCAACAGCAGCACCGCCACCACCAUCAUCACCACCACAACUAUCAUCAUCAACAAGAACAGAAGAACGAAAAACAAAUCCGCACUACUUCCAUUCGGGUUCUUCCUAGCGUCAGCAAUGUCCAGAAAGCAAGAAAGACAGGAGCAGACGUGGCGUCCGAUGUCGAAGACAAGCGGUCCCAGUCAAUGAGCCACCCGGAUCCGUUCCUCUACCUGAACCCCAUCACCUGCUCUUUGUUCCUCAUUCUUCUCACCGUCUUCCUCAUCCUCUAUGUCGCCUUCCUCCGCUCCCUUCGCCGCUCGAUCGAAGACAUGAAACGGGAGAUCGAGGCGCAGAGGUCACGUGAUAAGUUUUUGGUCAUGUGACCGGAAUCUGGUCACGUGAAAAUUUCCUGUCAUGUGACUAGUUCUUCGCUGAGAACCACAAUAUUUGUUCUGGUACCACUGUAGACAUGUAUUUUUGAACAUUAAAAAAUAAAACAGGUUUAUUUGCGAAAA